AGAAACAUCACGAAAACAAAAACAACAUGAUUUGUGAGUGUACGAUGAGAAUUGAAGAAGAACAAGAUGGGUGUCAAUUCUUCUCCUAUGAGCGAGGAGGAAGGUACGAACAGAGGAAUAGCCACCGAUCACCAUUACUAUGGAACCUUUCAAGGCGUUGCUAAUUACUACCCUUCUCCUCCUCCUCCAAAUCCAAACUCUCCCGCUUCCAACGGUGGCGCCUACGCUUAUUACCAAGGACAAGGACAAGGGUACCACGCUCUUCCAGUUUAUGCUGUUGCGGAAGGAAGGCCUGUAAGAGAACGUCGUCUUUGUUGCUGUGGACUUGGUCUCGGUUGGUUCUUGUUUAUAACUGGUUUUUUUCUUGGUGGCGGUCCCUGGUACAUUGGAGCUUUCUUGCUACUAUGUGUGCAGAUGGAUUACCGAGAAAAGCCUGGAUUAAUUGCAUGCGCAGUUGGUUCCCUCGUUGCUGUGAUAGCUGUUACUCUUGGUGUUGCACAUCCACAUCUGGCAAAGUUGACAUGAAAAUACAAACUAUGGUGUGUUUGAUUUUCCACUCCAAGAUCCGUUAGGGCGGUUUGGCACCUCGAAAUUUUGAAUCUCCAAUUCCUGUGCAGAGAACGUGAAAGGAAAAGAGGAGCUAAGUUCAGUUGAAAUGCUAACCGGCAUUAUAUAUUAUUGUACAUUGAACUGUAGAAUCUUUUAUAGCUGACUGCAUUUUCUUGCAGAAGAAGAUGACAAAGUUUGUAAAAAUGAUACGCACCUCUUUAUGUAUGUUUGACAAAUUAAUCAAUUACAAGUUUGUAUGAA